AUGGAUUAUAAUAUCUACUAGAAUAGUAAACAAAUAAAACUAAUUUAAUAGAGAAAUAUAAAGGACAGAGAUGUUAAGUUUUUAUAAAAAUUAAUAUCUUAUAUGCGUAGAAGUAAUUAAAAAUUUUGAAAGGGUAUACCAUUUGA